AUGGCACCUUGCUUAGAACUACCCUAUGAAAUAUGGGACGUGACCAAAGAGGAAGAUAAAAUUAUUAAGAAAUGCCUAUUAGGUUACACGAAACCAUUCGUGAAAUGUGGCAAGAAGGGAUACGUGAUGCCGGGCGCGUUUAGAAAUCACGCGGAGGCCAUAUACAACCUUAAAGUCCGACCGGAUGAUAUCUGGGUGAUCACAUUCCCUAGAUCAGGUACGACGUGGACACAGGAAAUGGUUUGGUUGAUUGAAAAUGAUUUGGACUUCGAAGCAGCUAAAGAAAAACCUCUCUAUGAACGCUUUCCUAUGUUGGAGUUGACCUCACAGAUACCCGAGCUAGCGUUUAAGCUUAUUAAAAAUAAUUUCAUGAAUCUGAAAAAUUUUCAAGGGUUAAAUCAAGCAACUAAAGUUUCAAGUUUGAAGACGAUUGAGGAUGCACCUUCUCCGCGAUUGAUUAAAACUCACUUGCCCCUAUCUAUGUUGCCCCCAAGUCUAUUGAACACUGCCAAAGUCAUAUACGUAGCUAGAGAUCCAAGAGAUGUUGCUGUUUCAUAUUAUUAUUUACACAAAAUGGUUGGCAAAAUUUUCGUGAGGACUACUUUCCAAAAUUUCUGGGAAGCAUUCAGAAGAGAUUUGCUGCCUUGGACCCCAAUCAUUGAGCACACAAAUGAAGCUUGGAAACAGCGACAUAAUGAAAAUCUCCAUUUUAUUUUUUACGAAGAAAUGAUUAAAGAUUUACCGAAAAUCAUUCGUGACGUGAGCAAAUUCCUAAACCGAGAUUUGGCUGAAAAGGAAGUAAAUAUCUUAGCGGAUCAUCUCAGUUUCGACAACUUAAGAAAAAACAAGACCGUUAAUAACAGUACAAGUGAAAAUGGCGAAGUCCAGUUCAUACGAAAAGGUGAAGCUGGAGGCUGGAGGACGCACUUCGAUGCAGAGAUGGAGAUCCAAGCAGAAGAAUUCAUAACCUCAAAACUACGAGGCCUAGAUUUAAAAUAUCCUUCAAUCAGCAAAGAUAAUGAGGGAUGUUCACACUUUUAGAUCAAGCAUUACUUAGUUAU